GAACAAAUUCACAAACAAAAAACAAAACCAUAGACUUGACAAGGUUUAUUUCGUUAUAGUCCAAAGCUGGAGCCCCAUAAAUUGCCACUUGUCCAUGUUUUGGACCAAUAGGAGCCCAUCAUCAAAUGGGUCCUACCUGAAAGAUCAUAAAAUCCGCCUAUACAAACUACAGAAGGUUCUCAUCUUCUGAUUCUGCUGCAUUUAAAACUUAAAAGGGGUGAUGAAGAGAGGUUUUAAAGCUGGAAAAGGUUUUACCCAAAGAAUUGCUAGGAAAGCGGCCCCGACCAGCUGACACCUAUUCCCUCAGCCUCUCAUGGACCAUAGUCGCAGGCUUCUUUUUCUUUCCUUGUGUUUGUUUUGGCCACCAUUCUCUAUAAACAUGGCAUUGGCAUGGCAUAUAUCAGCCCUUCUCUCGCUCUAUUCGCCUACUCCAACCAGAGAAGAGAACUACCCUUCCACGCCAUUCAAGUAUUCUUAAGACAAGCUUGGCUCAAAUUCCAUCACUCAAAGAGAAAAGAAGGAAGACCGCUUCUCGUUCUUGGUCAAGUUUCUUCUUCAUCUGCUUCUGUUCUACCAGGUCCUGAUGUUCGACUACGGCUUGAUAGUCUGGGUCCGCAGCCCGGCUCCAGAAAGAGAAACAAGAGGAAAGGGAAAGGUAUCUCAGCAGGUCAAGGAAGUUGCUGUGGGUUCGGGAUGAGGGGUCAGAAGUCGAGGUCCGGUACCAGUGUCUGCAAAGGAUUCGAGGGUAGCCAAAUGCCCCUUUACCGCCAUAUCCCCAAACUCAAGAGGAAUGGGCGCAGGACUGCCCAUGCACCAAUUAGAAACAUGGUCAAAAUAUUUAUAUCAGUUUGUCCCUGUAAAUUCAAGAGACAGAGAAGUUGCAAGAUAAGGAGAUGAGGUUUCACUGGAAUCCUUGAAGGAGAAGGACUUGAUCAACUCAUCAGGAAGAAAAGGAACCCAUUUCUUAAAGAUUUUAGGAGAUGGAAAAUUGAGUGUGCCUUCUCAAAAUCAGCAAAAGAGAAUCUAGAGUCUUCUCUCUCUCUCUCUCUGCUGCCACUGACCCUGCUUCUGUUUGAGCUACGUCGACACUUGACAACAUCAUGUCAACCUGUUUCUUGAUUUUUACGAAAAUGAGAAGCAGCCCGGCUUUUUUACUCAUCCUCUAAAUGAAAGUCCUUACCAUCUCACACUCUGUUUUCCCGGAGAUUCUUCUGAGAUGGAACUCCAUGACUCCAUCCUGAAUGGUUGUUUGAUUUCAGAAAUCACAUGUACUUUCAUUUUUAAUCUCUUCAACCAUUUCCAUAAUAUGCUGCAUCAACUGGAACUCAAAUGGAUAUUCCCAUCUCAGUUCUGCACUUGCAAACCUACUACUAUAGUAUAAACUGUCAAGGUCCUCAAAGACUUUCAAGCUAUGUUUUCAUUGAUAUUUGAAAAUGGAAAUAAAAAUACA